UUUGAGCAACCAAUGGUAGCGCCCAGAAAGAGAGACGUACGCUCUUCGUCUUCCAGUAGCAGACAGCACGUUGAACGCAUGCGUUCUGAGCGAAUUUAAGACAAGGAUCUGCUGGCGGGUCGCGUCGCAGACAUGGAGCAAGGCUACGGAGGCUACGGGGCAUGGAGUGCUGGACCUGCCAACACCCAGGGUACAUAUGGAAGUGGUAUGACCAGCUGGCAAGGUUAUGAAAACUACAACUACUACAACGCCCAGAACACCAGUGUCCCUGCGGGAACACCCUAUAGUUACGGCCCAGCCUCGUGGGAGGCCACCAAGACCAAUGAUGGUGGCCUGGCAGCUGGGAACCCUGCCAUGCAUGUGGCCUCUUUUGCCCCAGAGCCAUGUACCGACAACUCAGACUCGCUCAUUGCCAAGAUCAAUCAACGUUUGGACAUGUUGUCUAAGGAAGGAGGCAGGGGUGGGAUCAGCAGCGGUGGGGAGGGCGUGCAGGACCGAGACAGCUCCUUCCGCUUCCAGCCAUACGAGUCCUACGACGCCAGGCCCUGUAUACCUGAGCAUAAUCCCUACCGCCCCGGCUACAGUUAUGAUUAUGAUUUUGACUUGGGAACUGACCGCAAUGGUAGCUUUGGUGGGACAUUCAACGACUGUCGGGACCCAGCCCCAGAGCGGGGCUCCCUUGAUGGUUUCUUGAGGGGCCGGGGCCAGGGCCGCUUCCAAGACCGAAGCAACUCCAGCACCUUCAUACGUAGUGACCCUUUCAUGCCACCCUCAGCCUCGGAACCUUUAUCCACUACGUGGAAUGAGCUGAACUACAUGGGUGGCCGUGGUCUCGGUGGACCCUCCACCAGCAGGCCACCUCCUUCCCUCUUCUCCCAGUCCAUGGCCCCUGACUACAGCAUGAUGGGCAUGCAGGGGGUGGGCGGUUUUGGUGGUACCAUGCCUUACGGAUGUGGCCGGUCCCAGACGCGGAUACGGGAUUGGCCUAGAAGGAGGGGGUUUGAACGCUUUGGACCAGACAACAUGGGCAGGAAGCGGAAGCAGUUUCCAUUGUAUGAAGAACCUGAUGCCAAACUGGCCCGUGCUGACAGUGACGGAGAUCUGUCUGAAAACGAUGAUGGAGCUGGUGACUUAAGGUCAGGAGAUGAAGAAUUCAGGGGAGAGGAUGACUUGUGUGACUCCCGGAAGCAGAGAGGAGAAAAGGAGGACGAGGAUGAGGAUGUGAAGAAGAGACGGGAGAAACAAAGGAGGAGAGACAGGAUGCGGGACCGAGCAGCUGACAGGAUUCAGUUUGCCUGUUCUGUAUGCAAGUUUCGUAGCUUUGAAGAUGAAGAAAUUCAAAAGCAUCUGCAAAGUAAAUUUCACAAAGAGACUUUGCGAUUUAUAAGUACCAAACUGCCCGACAAGACAGUAGAAUUCCUCCAGGAGUACAUCAUAAACAGGAAUAAGAAAAUUGAGAAACGGCGUCAGGAAUUGUUGGAGAAGGAGAGCCCUAAACCCAAACCAGAUCCAUUCAAAGGCAUUGGCCAGGAGCAUUUCUUCAAAAAGAUUGAAGCCGCACAUUGCCUGGCCUGUGACAUGCUGAUUCCUGCGCAGCAUCAGCUCCUCCAGCGGCAUCUGCAUUCCGUGGACCAUAACCAUAAUCGGAGGUUGGCUGCUGAGCAGUUCAAGAAAACAAGUCUCCAUGUGGCUAAGAGUGUUUUGAACAACAAACAUAUAGUGAAGAUGCUGGAAAAAUACCUCAAGGGUGAGGAUCCUUUUGUCAAUGAAACUGCUGAUCUUGAGACAGAAGGAGAUGAAAAUGUAGGAGAGGAGAAGGAGGAGACACCAGAGGAGGUAGCUGCAGAAGUCUUAGCAGAGGUGAUCACAGCAGCAGUGAGGGCUGUAGAGGGGGAAGGAGAACCUGCUGCAGAGCAUAGUGAAGUCCUAGCUGAAGUGGAAGGGCCUGUGGACACAGCAGAGGCCAGCAGUGACCCCCACACUGAAAAGCUAUUAAAAGAGCAGACCUGUGAAACAGCAUCUGAAACCAGGAACGUCGAAGACAAGACCAGAGGUGAGGCUGCUGAGACCAGAAAUGAAGCAGCUAUGCCAACAGCAGACGCAGGAAGCACGUUACCUGUCAUAGCUAUCCCGGGAAUCAUGGAAGAUGAGCUGGAACAAACUGGUGCAGAGGCCAAAGAUAUUCCCACCGAAUGAUCUUUUCUUCCCUGUUUCAAGGGAUAUGUUAUAUCAUGUGUUCUUUUUGUUUUAUAAGAUGUACUAGGGUGUGUAUUAUUUGGUGGAAAGAUUGGGCCAUUUCCUUCCCAAUGUACCUCAAGGAUUGAUGCUAUACAGUAGAUGGCUUCCUACCUCUGUUAGAAUACAAAAAGAGGUAAACCAUUUUCCCAAGUGGCCUUUGAUGGCUAUCUGUGCACUGCAGUUAGAAUAAUAAAAGUAGAUCUUCCUGAUAAUUGUUAAGUCCUAAAACGGACAGAAUGUGAGGAUUUUUUUUGUGUGUGUUAUGUUUUUGUUUGGUUGGUCUUUGUUUCAUUUUAUUUUGCUUUUUCUCCUGGAAAGCAAUUUGUUACAAAUAUAACUUGUUUGAGGGGGAAAAAUUAUUUAGGGGAAUUCCCUUAUUCACAUAUGAAUUUAUUCAUAAAUUAUGCAUGGUUGAUGUGGGACACACAGGAUUCAACCAUCCAUGUGUGCGAGAGCUCAGAUUGUGCCCCCUACCAAUAACAGUCCUGCCUGUUUCAAUAAACAUCAGACCAUUUUUUUGUUUGUUUUGUUUUUGGUUGGUUGGUUUUUCAAGACAGAGUUUCUCUGUGUAGCCCUGGCUGUCCUGGAACUCACUCUGUAGACCAGGCUGGCCUCAAACUCAGAAAUCUGCCUGCCUCUGCCUCCCCAGUGCUGGGAUUAAAGGCAUGCGCCACCAUGCCCGGCUCAUCAGACCUUUAUUUCAGCUUUGGCAUUGAGAUAGCAUCUUGCUUGGACCAAGCUUGCCUUUGAAUUCAAUCCUCCUGUCUCAGUCUCUGGAGUACUGGGGCCAUGUGUGUACAGCCAAGCUCAGCUGGGCUUUGGUUUUAUAAUACACUGUAUUCUAUGUUCCUCACCCAAUGUGGCAGCAUCCUGUUAACUGAAGGCAUAACAAGGUGCUGACCUUGGCCUGUGUAUAAGAUAGUCACAGCUGUCCAUAGGAAGCAUGCCUACCUGGGCCUCUAGAGUGAAGACCCUUGCCAACGGCUUUCGUUCUCCCUGUUCAGUGCUUGCUAAUCAGUUUGAUGUUUGUGUUCCACCUCUACUUGUGCAGGAUUAUGGGUUUUUGUUUUGUUUUCUCUUAAUUUUGUUAUUUCCACCUAAAAGUACUUAGGAAAAAAAACAUGAAAUUACUCAUUGAUGAAAAAACAAAUGUAAAUUUCCGUAGAUGGGAUCUAUCCGUAAAAACCUCACACAGUUACGUAGAGAUGUUUCAUUUUAAGCAAAUAGUAUUCCUUUGGCAGUUCUGAGUCUGAGAAAGGGAGGCUCAGCAUGUCUAUAAAGUAGCAUGUACUAGGUUUUAUAGGCUGAGUGUGAUGGGGGGGUUCCUCCCUUUUGAAGUUACAAUACUGUGUCCAUUAACUGUACACAGCUCACAUCUUGGAAACAUCAACCAGUGAAGAAUUAUAAAAGAGGCAAUAAAAUAUUGCAGCGAUUAAAUCAGCACUCUGUGAAGGAGCAUUACUAGGGGGUAGGAGAUGCACUUUGGGAAUAGCGUCGAAACAAGCAAUAAAUUGAUGCCACGAAGA